AAUACGAACUUUUUUAUUCCUUUCUCCACCCCAGUGCCAGUGGGAGUGACAGUGUUCUUCUCCCUCUUGGGCAAGAUGGCCAUCACCGCCGCCUUCCACCUCAUCUGGCUCUUCACAGCUGAGUUGUUCCCCACAAAGUACCGUUCGCUUGCGGUUGGGGAGGCAAGUGUGUGCGCGAGGGUGGGCAGUAUCUGCUCGCCUUACAUCAACGACAUUCUGGGCGAAGUGGUGACGUGGGCGCCCUCUGCCCUCUUCGGCAUCGUGUCCUUGAUAGCGGCCGGUCUCUCCCUCCUCCUGCCAGAGACCAAGAACCGGGAACUCCCUGAGACGGCCGAUUUCUUCGAGAAAAAGGGGGAGAGCAACGCAGCUUACGAGGCGGGCGAGAAGGGCCAGGACGAGGGGAAAGUGGAGCUGUCGUGAGGGGAUUCGGUCAAGGGUUGUUCCUUCUCGUCGUCGUCGUCGUCGUGAGGGAAUUCAAUCCUUUCCAGUUCGGUUGUGACUCUGCUAUAAGAGCGUUUGUUUCCUUUAGUGUAAGCUCAGUAGCGCGAUUUGUGGUUAUGUGAGCUUUAGCAGUUAAUCUGAGGACAUUUACAUUGCCUGAAUUGUUAAGGUGUAUUCACUGAGGCCACUUUAUGAUGCAAACUGUUUUUAACUUAGAUAUAGACUGUAUAUUGAUUACUAAACUGUUAUAUAUAGAUCUGAAUAUACUCUAUAAGUUUCUACACUUA